AAUCUGAUUUCCAACAUUGAUCCUACUGAUACGAACAAGUGACUUUUGAUAUCGAGCUAUUUGACCUGGAGUUUCUCCUGCCAGUACAUCGCACAUGACUCCAUCGACUAUAUUCGCGUCAUAAAUCGCCUCCCUUUAGAUACCCCUUCGGACACCUAGGUAGAAUGCCUGCGAAAAAUAGCAACCGACAGCCAGCCACACAGGCUCCUACGCCAUCUGUUCCUAAGGCCACCGCGAAAUAUACGAACAAGGAUGGAACAAAGUAUAUCUCCGUUCCUAAAUCCUCAGCUUCAACUCCGCCUGCUCAGCCAUCACCGACAACUACAUCAUCUUCGAAAGGAGGUGCCCCUACCAAUCCCCCUCCUGUCGUCGAUGUACCCCCUGCGCAACCUGUGAACCGCAAAAAGCAAAAACGCCGAGCGAAAGCUGCCGCUAAGGCUGCUGCCGAACAAGCUGAGGCUGCUGCCAAUGGACUCCCUAGUCCGGCCUCCACGAGCAGUGCGCCUCUGCCCGCCGUGCCUGGGUCGCAUAGAAAGGGUGUGCAUGAUUCCCAUAAUGCUAUGCUAAACGAUGCCUACCUAUCCCAUAACCAUACCCAUAACGGUGAAGAUUGGGGUGAGGAAACCGAAAGCGACGAUGGCCAUGAUGACCUUAGCCAAAGCAUAAAUGGAUCUACGCAAAAAUCCAAGAAGUCUAAGAAAAAGAAGAAGAAGGCUUUAAGUGAAGAAUCGAUUCACAGUCACCCCUCUGGCAUAUCAAAAGAAAAGAUAUGGAACACAUCCGGCCCGGAGGAACGCGAACGAAUAAAACAGUUCUGGUUAGGUUUAGGCGAGGAUGAACGUAAAUCUUUAGUUAAGGUAGAGAAAGACGCUGUCCUCAAGAAGAUGAAGGAGCAACAAAAACACACGUGUAGUUGCGCAGUCUGCGGACGUAAGCGAACGGCGAUCGAGGAAGAGUUGGAGGGUCUCUACGAUGCUUAUUAUCAAGAGCUAGAAUCUUUUGCAAAUCAGCCUCAUAACCACCCGAAUGCGCCGCCCAUGUUUUCGCCCAAAAGGUUUGGUCCUAUGACUGGUCUACAUCCUCCCGGAGCUCCACCGACUCGAUAUCCGAACCACCAUCCGCCCCGUGGUCGUAUGCUAGAACACGUGGAUUCAGACGAUCCCGAAGACCCCGAAGACGACGAAGAUGAUGUUGAGGAUUAUAGUGACGUCGAGGGCUUGGACGACGAGGAGGACGAUGAUGAGCCAGAGGAUAUACCACGCGACUCGUAUCCCACUGAUUUCUUCAACUUCGGUCAAAGUCUCACGGUCAAAGGCGGUAUUCUUACUGUAGCAGACGAUCUACUCAAAAAUGAUGGCAAAAAAUUCAUUGAGAUGAUGGAGCAGUUAGCCGAGAGAAGAAUGGCCCGCGAGGAAGACUCUAAAGAACACUAUGCUGGAAGUUAUGGCCAUAGCGUAAACGGCGCCUCCAUACCUAAUCCUCACAACCACGCUCCUCCGGAGGAAGACGAAUUUGAGGAGGACGAAGAGGAAGAAGAGGAUUAUGAUACUCAAGACGAAGAUUACGAAGAGGAAGAGGAUACCAUGACGGAGGAGCAGCGCAUGGAAGAGGGCCGUCGAAUGUUUCAGAUAUUUGCUGCGCGCAUGUUCGAGCAGAGAGUCUUAACAGCAUACCGAGAGAAAGUCGCUAGGGAACGGCAGGAAAAACUUCUUGAGGAACUUGAACAGGAAGAGACACAGAAGACCCAGCAAAAGGCCAAGAAAGCAAAGGAGGCUCAGAAGCGAAAAGAUAAGGCGGCCCAGAAAAAGCAACAGCAGCUUGAGGAAAAGGCUAAGCGAGAUGCUGCCAAAGCGGCCGAAGACGCCGCACGCUUACGAGAGGAGACUAGAAAACUCGAGGAAGCCAAGCUCAAGGCAGAAGAGAAGCGCAAGAAGAAAGAUGCGCAAAGGAAAGCCGAGGAAGAGGAACGGGCGAAAAGGGAGGUAGAUCGACAACGACGCGCUCAUGAGCAAAAGGAAAAGCAGCUAGAACAAGAGCGAAAAGUCCGCGAAGCGAAAGAGCGCGAGAAAAAGGUCAAGGAUGAACAACGACGCAAAGAACAAGAAGCGCGCGAGCAGAAGGAACGCGAGACUCGAGAAAGGAGAGAGAAGCAUGAGAAAGAUAAGAGGGAUAAGGAAUUAAGGGCGGCUCAAGCUAAGGCAGAAAGGGAUGCCAAGGAAAAGUCAAAGCAGGAAGAAAAGGAGAAAACGGCAGCUAAGGUCGCGACACCUGCUGCACCUAUUCCGACCCAACCGGCAAAAAAACAGCAUCCGAUCUCGAUCCCCGCCAUUCCUCAUCAGUAUCCAGCUAGUUAUCCGUCUCCCCAGAUUUCUGUUGCGACACCUGCUCUACCUAUGGCUCCGACACCCAUAAAACCUCGGUCCGCUUCUCAAGAAGUAACAAGAUCAGUUUCCCAGGCUUCCCAUUCUGCUUCCGGUCCCAGCCAAAAUGCGUCACCGCACACGUUAACUCCGUCGCAUACCAGUCCAGGACCCAUAGGCCCACCGAGAAAGACGUCUGCUAACGGGCCAAUGGGUGGAGGACCUCCUACCAUCCAACCGGCAUCUCCUCUGCACGCAGGCGUUAAGAGUCCACCUGGUUCGCAUCAGACGCCGUUCGGCAUGGGGCUACCAAUGGGAAUGCAGUAUUCGCCCGGAAUGCCACCACCGCAGUUCCCUCCAGGCUUCAACCGGAUGGAUCCUAUGUACCCACCCCCUGGAAACUUUCGCCCCAUGGGUCUGCCAGCACCGCCUGGUCUGUCUGCGCCUAGUCCUAUGGGUGGCCGGGCCUUCCCAAUGCCACCACAUGCACCGCCCGGGUUUCACCAACCACCGGAACCACCUCUUCCCGGCAUGCAUCAUCAAGGCUUCUCUCCGGAAAGUGCGCCGGGACAUCCUCCGUCGCAUUCACGUCAGGCGUCCGCCUCAUUUGAUACAACCCUACCAACGCCUAUUGGUAGGCCUGGAAGCGUGGUUCAUGGGCAAAGGAGUCAUGAUCUAUCCGCCGAUAUUGACGAUGUAAGUAGUCAUCUCGGCAGCAGUGCUCUCCUCGAUGAUGCGGACGAACCUUUCGGGGGCGUUGGCUCUUCCCGCCGAGGUACUGCUCCCCCCGGAGCCCGGCCACCGUUUACAAGCGCGCCAUUCAUAGAUCCUUUCGUCGGUUCGUCAUUGAAUACAUGGGGUCAUCCAAAUGUGUUCUCUCCACCUCCAGGAUUUGCCAACCUAGCGUGGCCAUCGAAUGCCGCGUUCGCUCCACCUCCAGGAAUACGCACAACUCAGCCUCGAUCCGUGACUAUUCGUCAGAUACUUAUAAGCUCGUGCAAAGACUUGGAAAUACACACCACGGAUCCAGAUGGGUACAUAGACUUACCUGCCAUAAAAGCCCAUAUUGGCUCCAUCGGUCUACCAGGACAAGAGCCAAUAUCCGAGGUGGAGUUGUUGGACAUGUGCGAAACCGAAGGCAACGACCAUAAUGGAGGUGGAAGUUUCGAUAUCCGACGCGACCACGACGGUAACAUCAUCGCCAUCCAUUUCGACAGAUCGACCACGUUGAAACAGAAUUUAGGAGCUCCUGGUACAGGAGGUAUCAGUAACUUGGUGGCAGGCACCAGUCCGCCUAACCACGCGGUCCCGAUCCAGAGAGCUUAGGAGGCUUCCGAGGGACGCCACACCGGGUAGUAAUUCGUCAGGUUACCGCAAGUAUUAGCAAGAGGGAAUGGAAUGGUCGACGUAGAUGCUAGGAUUGUGUUGGGGUUACUGUUUACUCUGCACGAAAAAGUCGGGGGUGAGUCCGCACUUUAUCCGCUAGAGUUUCUCUUUUUCUCACUGUACCGCUUUUUUUGUUGUUGAUGUUGGUGUGGUUGAGGCCGUG